CUGUCAUUCAUUUGUCAAAACAGGAAUUAAAUUAAAAAUAGGUUCAAAAUAACCUAAAAACAUCCUAUUUUAAUAUUUUUACACGAAAAAUUAAGUUUAACAAUUGUAAUAAAUUAAAUAAAUAUGGCUAGCAGUAGACUGGAGCGAAUUGGAACGAUACUUACAAGAGUUGAAGGCCUGCUCAAAAAUGGGGCGAUGAAACCUGACGACAGACCGUUGUGGUACGACGUGUAUCGUGCAUUUCCACCUGCUGUUGAACCUAAAUUUGCCAGGCCGGUACCUGAUAUCAAGCCUAUAAGACAAAUCCUGUAUCAAGAAGACGUUGUACGAGCGAAAUUUCACGAAAAUGGUCAUGGUUUGGGCUCCGUGAAUAUGCUCAGUCCCUCAGAAGAAACUCAUACCAAAAGACUUUUAAAGCGAUAUGAAAAGCUGAAGUCAGAAGGAGUAGCAGAAGAUCAACUGGUGGAGAAGGCUGCGUCGGAGGUUGCUAGCGAAAGACAAGAAUUUGUCAAAGCUAAACUUACGCCCCAAAACCCUGACUCGAUUACGGCGCAAGUUCUUACUGAUGUAAAAUUAAAAGAUAUCUUCAAUGAAAAGUAGGCUCGUCUCGAUAAAUUUUAGUUUUUAUAAUGUAGUUGUAAAAAUAAUAGAUGCAGUAAAGAUGUUAAACAUAUAUUAUCAUUUAAUUUUUAUCACUCCUGGAAAUGUCUAACGUAGCGUAGUGGUGUUCCAAAAGGUAACUGGAACCUAAUUCUAUGAAAUUGACUCAUAUCCGUUUCACUUUGUCUACUGUAGAUUGUCUUGCAAACAUACAACAUACUUGCGUGUGGGUACUAAUGAGUUAUCUUAUCAACCUGUAGAUAAGAACCCUGUGCUACAAACACUCCUACCCAUUCGCUAGUGUGUCAUCAAGCAUCCUAUAAUUCACGUAUUAAUUAUUUUGGACAGUGAAAUUGUGUCAAAAUGGCGUCAAGAAGACCCAUCCUGUUUUAUUUGGCUGCAAUUCUGGUCGUUCUCAGUACCCUCACUCAAGAAACUGAAGCCAGAAGGAGAAUUCUUCGGGGUCGGCGUGUGAUGACCCGCACUUAUUACAGUGGAAAUGCUGUUCCUGCAUGGGCGAUUAGUCUAAUGGCUGGAAUCGGGAUGUUACUAAUAGGCGGUGUCUUGUACGUGGUUAUGAGGAAAAUUGUCUUGUCUUCAGAGACCGGUACUCUGAACACGUAUCAGCCAGCACUACAGAACGAAGAAGUUUAAAAAUAUAUUUUAAGAUUAAAUAAUUAUUUUUAUACUAUUGUAUUUAGCCAUAAAUCUACGUCUACGGCCCUCUAUGAUCACACCCACCGUGCUGCAAUGAACGAAGUUUUACGACAAUAAAAAUCGAGAUAAUCGAACUUAUUUUUCGAACUUGCAAUACUUUGAGUAGUUACCUACGCUGUGUACCUACGGUACCUACCUAUGUAUUAUUGUUAGAUGGUUAACUAUUUUGUGCAUGUUUUACUAACAGUAAAAUUGUAGGUGUUACUGUUACUAUGUGUUAAUGAUUUUCAAUAAAACUACUUUUUAAUGUAA